AUGGAUCAUCCCCCCGACGCCUUUUCCUACUCUCCCCUCAACCCCAAGGCCGCGGAAAUCCGCCUUCUCACUAUCCUCCCCGACAAACAUGAGCAGAAUCAAGUAAAAUGCACCCUGCAGACCGUGUCACUGGACAACGCACCGCAGUUUGAGGCGCUCUCAUACGUCUGGGGAAGCGUAGUGGAAAAGGUUGGAAUCACCGUGGACGACAUUCCCUUCCAGGUCACGACGAACCUCGAGGCAGCGCUGAAAUGCCUGCGACACGCCCGAAAGAAACGCCUCAUCUGGAUCGACUUCAUCUGCAUCGACCAGAACAACCUCAAAGAAAAGAACACCCAGCUCCCGCUCAUGGGCCGCAUCUACAAAGACGCCACCGCCGUCGUUGCAUGGCUCGGACCCAUCAACCCCAACAUGGAACAGACCAUGUCGAUGAUCAAGCGCAGGGAAAGCAGCCUGGCCGGGCUCCUCCAGGACGUGCGGCAGAUCACGCGGCCGUGGAGCCAGAAGCACCGGCGCGACACGAUCGGAUCCAUCCUCGACGCCGUCCAGGGCUUUCUGGACAUCGUUUCAGCCCCGUAUUGGGGCCGCAUCUGGACCUUCCAGGAGUACUACCUCCCAGAGAAACUCCCCGUGUGCAUGGUCGGCAACAUUCCCUUCACGCUCCCCGCGCUCGUCGACCUGGGCCUACACUUUCCCGACGUCCUGCGCCCGUACAUGGAAGACCUCGACAAGGUGGCGCCGCGCGCGGGCGACGCCGCCGACAUCGAAAACCACCGGGAGCUGCAGCGCCGCUUGAAAGAAUCGACACAGCGUCUCGCGCAGUCGAACCCGAUGCAGGACUUUGCGCACGACCUCGCAGCCAGCCGGAAGGGCCUGUCGUCGUUUGCCGACGUGCUCGAUCUGACGGUCCAGCGCCAGUGCUACAACCCGCUCGACCGCUUCUACGCGCUGUACUCGAUGGUCGACGGCGUGCAGAAGAAGUACCCCGUCGAUUACGAGUAUAAGCCGGACGAGGUGGCGCUGCAGAUCACGCUGUGGAUUCUGGUCUACGAGGGCGUGGACUGUGUGUUCAACAUGUUUCAUUUCUACGACGGGCCGCAUGGGGAUAUCCUGGGGCGUCCCAGCCCGACGUGGGUGCCGAAUUACCGGGAUUCGACGUCGAGGACUGCGUUCAAUUUCAAAGAUAUCGACCCGUCUCUCCAGGACACUGAGCAGGAGUAUAUGACAAAUUUGUCGUUGCUUCCGGGCAAACGAGGCGAACAUGACGGAGCGGCUGGUCUGGGCUUUUCUCGCGCAUGGAAGGAUGCAACAGACGUUCGCCAUCGACGAUAUCCUCAACGCGUUGGAACAGUUGUCCAGCUCGGACGACCCGUCUGA